AUGUCAAAGAGACCAAUCCAUCAAUACAAAGAAGAGCAAUUAUCACAAGCUAUGGCGGCGAUUAGGAAUGGGAUGAAAAUUAGAGAAGCCAGUCGAGUUUUUGGCGUUCCGCGGGGGACGCUACAAGAUCGGCUACAUUUAAGGGUACCAGAUUUACCUCGUAAAAUGGGACCAGAUUCAGUGCUGACAAAAACAGAAGAAACUGUCUUGAAAGACUGGUGUAUAGCUUUAGCAAAAUGUGGCUUCCCGUUAAAAUGUGAUGAUCUCCUUAAUACCGUUCAUAAUAUUAUUUCUGAAGAUAAUAGGCCAAACCCAUUUGUAAAUAAUAGGCCGGGAAAAAAAUGGUAUCAAUCAUUUCUGAGACAAAAUCCCGAGUUGAGUGAGAGGACACCCGAAAAUAUAUCUAAUGGUCGAGCAGCUGUAACCGAAGAAGGUAUUCGCAAGUGGUUUGCUGAACUUGUAAAGCAUUUAGAAGACAUAAAUGCGAGUAAUAUUUUGACCGACCCUGACCGAAUAUUUAACGGUGAUGAAACUAGUUUUCAUAUAUGCCCCAAGACUGGAAAAGUCAUUGCCCCAAGAGGAUACAAAAAUGUUUACAAAAUUGUAAAAGGCAAAGAAAAAGAGGCUGUUACUGUCCUCGUAUUUAUAUCGGCUUCUGGGAAAGUUUUGCCUCCUUGUGUAGUCUUUCCAUAUGUAAGACCACCAAAGGAAGUCAUAAACAGUAUGCCUGAAGGAUGGUUAUUGGGAAAGUCAGAAACAGGUUGGAUGAAAUCAGACAUAUUUUACGAUUAUAUUGUUAAAGGUUUGAACAAAUGGGUAGAAGAAGAAAAUAUGCAAAAACCUGUUCUCGUUUUUGUCGAUGGCCAUAAGAGCCACUUAACAAUGCGUCUCAGCGAAUAUUGUUACGAAAACGGUAUUAUCCUCUAUGCACUUCCACCAAAUGCGACACAUUUGAUUCAGCCUGCUGAUGUAAGUGUAUUUAAACCUUUGAAGGUAGAAUGGAAAAAUACAGUGCACGAAUGGGCAACUCAGCCUGAAAACAUCAACAGCGUCUUGACGAAGGCAACUUUUUGUCCAUUACUUAAAAAAGUCUUAGAGAAAGAAAAUUUAUCUGUCACAAUCAGCAACGGUUUUCGCAAAUGUGGAUUAUAUCCAUGCAAUCCAAACGCUUUGGAUUAUUCAAAAUGUGUUCAGAGUAAUCUUGAGAAACAUCAUAACGCUACCAAGAAUUUGAAAUCACCAGGCAUCAAAAUUAAGAACAGGCAUUUGAAUACCGCCAUCAAGUGUAUUAAUCAGCUAAGUAACGAGCUAGAAAGUGCUGGAGUAGACACAACAACUGUUAUUAAUGUUUUGAAUGCAGCAAAAAAUAUGACCGGAACUGAAAGUUUGAAUUCAACUGAAAACUCAACUAGAGGUAGUGACGCUUUCAAAAUUGUAAACAAUUCUACUCCUUAUACCGAUAAAAGUCAAUUAAAAACUGCAUCAAAACCAGACGAAAAUCUUGCCACAAGUUUUCCAAUUAUAGGUGAUUACACAUUGGAAAACAAUUUGAAUAACUUCACAGAAGGGGAGAAAUCCUUGAGCGAAUUCGAAGUCAUAACCGACUUCGGAGUGAUUGACCAAAAUCGCGCAAUUCAAAAAACACAGAAAUCUCAAACACCUGUAUUAAUUGCAAAUAAGCAAGUAGAUGACUGCGUCAAAGACUGGGCCACUAAUCACACAACACAAUCAAUUUCUGAAGAAUAUUUGGGGAAAAAGGAUGUUGAACCAGAAAUAAAUAUUAACCAAGAUAUAGUUGAUAAAGAAAAUAAAGAUGUUGGACAACAAAUAAAUAUUUAUCACGAUUUAGAAAAUACAGGAAGCACAUCACUCUUUGAAGAUCAUAAUUGUAUUAUAGAUAAUGUAAUAGACAUAAAGACAGAAUGUAAACUUAAACCAAUCAAAAAUAACAGUGAACAACAAGAGAUAAAAAAUAUGCAAUAUGUGCUAAAUGAAAGUCCAAAAAAUACAAAAAACAAAAUAACUAUCUUGUCCGAUGUUAUUGUAAGAUCAAGAAAUCUGUCACCCAUUUUUAAUAAGCAUUUAACCUUGCCUGCUGUAGCUAGAUCAACAAAGAAGAUACAAUCGAUAAAUAGAAUAGGAGCUAUUUCUUCUGAAGAGUGGAGACUAUUUGAGAGACAAAAAGAAGAAACCAAGGAACAGAAAAAGAACGACAUAUUAAAUAAAAAAAUAAAGAGACUUAAACCAAGGCAAAGAAAGAAAAAGAGAAGCUAA